AUGGACGACGACGGUUUGCUCAUCAACUUUGAGGUUGGGGAAGGACCAAUCAAACCUCAGAUCAAAUUCACGGGUGGUCGCUGGCGGGAACGAAACCGACUGCAGAGGAGCGUGAAGCGGGGUCUCACCGGCUCCCAGUCCAACGACGCCGUCGCCGACGACGUCGGCCCUGCUCCUGCCAAACGGCAGAGGCUCAGCGAAGGCGCCGCCCCAGAAAUACAACGUCGAUUCCGACCCCAAACCCAGGGUCCAAGGUCGCAACAUGUCUCAUCCCGCCUCUUCACGUCGAAUCCUACCCCGGUGACGAACUUUGACGAGCCCGAGACCGCCCCGGCCGAAGAGCCGGCCGAGCCAACACUGCCCUCCAAUGCCCCGCUGUCCGACGAGGCGGCGACGUUUGCCGCGCUAGGUCUCUCGCGUCGUAUCGCGCAGCACCUCUCUGCCAAGCUCGAGCUCAAGGCUCCAACCGCGAUCCAACACAGGGCCGUGCCACACCUGAUCACCACGGACGAGGACGCCUUCCUCCAGGCCCAGACGGGUUCCGGAAAAACGCUGGCCUACCUGCUCCCAAUCGUCAACCGAAUCCUGGCGCUCAACCAAAACGAGGAUGGGACCAUCUCCAAGGACGCAAAGAAGAAGAUACACCGCAACUCGGGUCUGUUUGCUAUCGUCCUGGCGCCCACGCGAGAGCUUUGCAAGCAGAUUGCGACGGUGCUGGAGAAGCUGCUGCGGUGCGCUCCUUGGAUAGUCAGCACGACUGUGAUUGGUGGCGAGAGCAAGCAUUCGGAGAAGGCACGGAUACGAAAGGGUAUCAACAUUUUGAUCGCGACGCCUGGUCGUCUGAAAGAUCAUUUGGAUAAUACCAAGGUUCUGGACGUCAGCUUGGCGCGUUGGUUGAUUCUGGAUGAAGGCGACCGCAUGAUGGAGAUGGGAUUCAUGGAUGACCUCAAAGAGAUCGUCUCCAAGAUGCGCGAAGCGCCGCUGAAGAAGGUCAACCCAGACGGUAUCCAGCUAGAGCCGGCACUACCUACCAGGAGAGUCACGGUGCUGUGUUCAGCCACUCUCGACCAUGCACAGGUCAGGAGGUUGGGCGAGUACAGUCUAGAAGCCGACAAAACGGAGCUCAUCAAAGUCGACGGCGCCGAGGCGGCAAAGGAGGGCGAUGAAGCGAGUGAGGCUGUCUUUGCUGCGCCUUCGCAGCUGAAGCAGUCGUACCUGGUUGUGCCUGCCAAGCUCCGCCUUGUUACGCUGAUUGCGCUACUCAAGUCAUCUUUUGCACGAAGAGGAUCUGUCAUGAAGGCUAUUAUCUUCAUAUCAUGCGCCGAUUCAGUAGACUUUCACUUUGAUCUAUUGCGAUCACCGGUCAAGGAGCCCAAAGAAGCCGCCGCGCCACCAACACCCAAGAAAGCCCCCAAAGAUGCAGGCGAGACGCCUGAUUCACCGCCCAAAGAGACCAAGCCGAGCAAGCCAGUAACGAAUCACACAGAGUCGACGGUAGGCAGAGCCUGCUAUAUCACCUCUCCCGCAAACACCACCAUCACCCUCCACAAGCUCCACGGCUCACUAGCUCAGCCUGUCCGAACCGCCACCCUCGACUCCUUUUCCAAGUCUAAAGACCCCUCUAUACUGAUCACAACAGACAUAUCCUCUCGAGGUUUGGAUGUGCCCGCCGUCGAUCUCGUAAUCGAGUAUGACCCGGCAUUUGCUGUUGCCGACCAUGUACAUCGAAUAGGUAGGACGGCCCGUGCAGGCCGCCCUGGAAAGGCAGUCUUGUUUCUGCAACCUGGGUGUGAGGAGGGCUACGUUGGUUUGCUGCAGAAAAAUGCCUCGACAGCUUUGACACCGCAACUCUACGAUUCGGUGUUACAAGCAGGGUUCUCUUCGAACAUUGACCUGCCUCCCGUUACAACCACCAAUGAGGACGGACAAGAUAGUGAGCAGCAAAAACAGCUCGACUCCAGGAAGCAAACUUGGACCUCUCGGGCCGAAGCACUCCAACUUCACCUUGAGCAGAGGCUGCUUGCAUCGGAUGCCUCUUCUCAGGCCUCAAACAAUGGAAAAGGCUCCAAUUCCAAGAAGGGCCCACCGACCAAACUCGGAAAACCCGCGCCCAAGAGUAGCGACGGCGCAACAGGUACACUCCUUGCCUCUGGCCGCCAGGCCUUCCGGAGCCACAUCCGAGCCUACGCCACGCACGUGCGAGACGAGCGCGUCUACUUUGACAUGAUGCAACUCCACCUGGGACACAUGGCAAAGGCGUUUGGACUGAGAGAGGCGCCCGGUGGUAUCGGAGCUGGUGUACAGAGGCGGACGGUCAAGCCGUCGGCUGCGAACAGCAGUGGGAAGAAGAGCGCCAAGGGUGACGACGGUGAUGGUCUGGACAAGCAGGAUGAUGACGAGGCUGAGAGGGUCAGGAGGAUGAAGAAGAUGAUGAAGAUGGUUGGUGCAGGUGCCAGUGAGUUUAAUAUCGGGUAG